UUAUUUUCUCGCAGAUUCGCAAAAGUCCCGAGUUGCUUCUAUAAUUCGUACGCACAACACCGUGUGUGCGCUCGACAAUAAUAUUAGUGUGAAACAGGAAGAAAAAAAAGGCGCAAUUAUUAUUUUUUUUCAACCGUUAAUUAUUUUUGCCCCGAGGAACAAACGCCGUUCAUCAACACGAUUUUCCGUCGUCGUCGCGUUUGUCGCGAUCACUUCUGAUUUGACUUGGGGCACGUAAAUAGUAUCGUCCACGAACAACAAUAACACAACGCACCGAUCGCCGUGGUCGCAUUUAAUCGUUCCCAUCGUUGCCAUACGGUUACCGCCGUACUGCAAUAAUAAUAAUAAUAUUUUAGUGCUACCCUCAUACAACGAUCAACAUGUUGGUCGCCGGUGAACGUUGAGCAGUCGUCGAUCAUCGCACCACCUCACCACCACCACCGCAAAGGGUCCCAAAGCAGGCUGAAUAAAAAACGUGUGCUUAGGCACAUUAGAAAGUUAACGACAGGCGCAACAGUGGCUACCGCGGCAGCGAGCAAAUGUUUACACCACAACACCAACAACUGUCGCCUAAUCGGGCGUCAAUUAAUAUGCAGUCGCCACAGGCUAAUAACUUGUCGAGGGGUAUCUUUCAAAGAGGUGGAUUCGCCACCAAUCCAGGAGCAGAUAGGCGAGGACAUAUGCCUGGCAUUGCAUCGCUUAUGCAAGAAUGGAGUUCUACAUCACUGGCGAAUAAUGCAAUGAAUAAUUAUGGUGGGUCAAGUUCUAACAACAGCCGAUCCACGUCUGGUUAUAAUCUGUCAUCUCAGCACGGUUUUCAUUCGGCAUUUGGUAGUAAUCAUGUUGAUAAUGGUAAUUCGGCACCCGCAAUACUGGACCCAUCUGAAUUCCCUUCUCUCACCACUGGGCGAAUAUCUAGCAGUGGACAAGGCGAUGGUGUCCUACAUUCCAACUCAAUGCCUGCAGGAAAACCUUAUGGUAAACAUUCACCAUUCAAAUCAUUUGAUCAGCUGUUCAGUAUGGGUAUGGUUAAAGCACCGACGUCUGAAACUAGUGAAUUUACUAUGAGUAGUAAAGAUUUUCCGGCGUUACCAGGUACGCAACCUCUCAGCGUAACAACCACCUCAUCUUCUUCGACCACAGAUCCCAAUCAACAGUCCUCUACAAUAACUACUGGCUCAACGACCAAUUUAUUGGAUCAGAAUGGUAUGCAAUCAUCCACCGACCAUCUAUCAGAUCAGAGACUGAACAACUUGAACAGCCAAAUGGACAACAAUUCCCAAGAAAAUGGAGAUUCAGCUACCAAGAAAGGGGUGCAAACUUCACCUGAUGGUAAAGUGACUAACAUACCAGGUAGUAUGGUAAGAGAUCAAUUUGGUAUUGUUGGUUUAUUAACAUUUAUUAGAGCUGCUGAAUCUGAUCCCAAUCUGGUAUCAUUGGCUCUUGGACAAGAUCUAACAGCACUUGGACUGAACUUGAACUCACCAGAAAAUAUUUACCCAACAUUUGCUGGACCUUGGGCAGAUUCUCCAUGUCGACCUCAGGAUGUCGAGUUCCAUGGACCACCUGAAUAUAUUAUUAACCAUGGAAUAAGGGAUAAGUUAGCCCAAAUUAAGUUGUCGAGGUAUAAAGAAGAUUUGUUAUUCUACUUAUUUUACACAAAUUUUGGUGAUGCUAUACAAUUAGCCGCAGCUAAUGAAUUAUAUUCUCGAGACUGGCGUUACCACAUGGAAGAACGAGUAUGGAUCACUCAAGCACCUGGAUUAAGUUUAAUUGAAAAAACCAGUACAUACGAACGGGGCACGUACUAUGUAUUUGACGCACUCACAUGGCGCAAAGUUCCCAAGGAGUUUCUGUUAGAGUACAGCAAGCUGGAGGGUCGACCGACUGUGCCUAAUGUGCCACUGACUACACCCAAUCCGCUCUGACAUAACGAGCACCGUCGGGGCGUAGAUGCACUGCCAACAGCGACCGACCCUGAUGUACACCAGCCCGCGACGGUCGUACUCGGCGCAGCCAUCGUCAACUCCUAAACCCCUCCUUAAACUUUCCCAUUUCCCUUUUAUAUAAAAUCCCUUCAGAACAAUACCCUCACCCACCCUUUAAACCCCAAUCACUCCUAAGAAACAUACAAGUAUUUAUAUGUAAUCGAAUAGAUUCCCUAUUGUUUCUAAGGCGGAAUACUCACACCGUAAUAAUUUAACAUUUAUUAUAAAUAAACAGAGUUAUUUAUAGUCAUUUUAUAAAAGAAACUUACGUACAAUUUUGUAAAGACAAAAUAAGAAAAGAAAAAAAAAUCAUUCUUCAUUU